AUGGCCGGAGGUUCCAUGAGCAUCCUCAUUAAGGGGGGAGCUACAGCCGCCCUCGUAUACAGAGCCUGGAGCAGGAAAUCAUUAACCUCGGCGGGCAUAUUUGCAGCGUUCCUCACUGCCGUCGUGCAUUCGGCACAUCCUUGGAUAGCACCCUUUGCGCUGCUGUGCGUUUUCUUCCUGACCGGUACAUCUGUGACAAAGGUCAAGCACGAUGUGAAAGCCAAGCUCACGCAAUCCUCAACCGGGGCGUCUGGAGGGGAGGGGCCCAGGAACCAUGUCCAAGUCUUUGCCAACUCGCUGGUCGCCUCGGUCCUAAUAUUACUCCAUACAUGGCAAAUAGUAAAGGAUGGGACCUAUCACGAUGAGCGGUCGUGCUGGCAUCGACCUGGGGAUGUUUUGGUUGUGGGCAUCGUCGCCAACUACGCCGCCGUUGCAGCGGAUACGUUUUCCUCCGAACUGGGUAUCCUGUCGAAGUCCAAACCCCGCCUUAUCACCGCACUAUGGCGAGUCGUACCUCCGGGAACAAAUGGUGGUGUGACCUUGACUGGUCUGGGAGCUGGAAUUCUUGGUGCGGCUUGCAUAGCUGUGACUUCCACAGUAUUACUCCCGUUCUGCAGGGAGUGGUCGCUCUCAGAGAAGGCUACUUACACCCUGGCCAUGACGCUUGCUGGGCUCAGCGGAACGCUUCUUGAUUCGCUCUUGGGAGCUUUGUUCCAAGCCAGCGUCAUCGACAUUCGAACUGGAAAAAUCGUCGAGGGAGAGGGCGGACGUAAAGUCUUGGUGCACGGCUCGCACUUCAACCUCAAGGAGACGGCCAAACUGCGGAGUCAGAUCAUCAGCUACGAAGAAGGCAAGGAUGCCGUAGCGAAGAGCUCAGCGAUCGAUGUAGAUGAUUCGAUCAAAACUGCGAGGAAGUUGCAGCAAGCUGGGGCAUCCGGGACUGAAGUCGCCGACAGGCAGCAUGAGAGUCGUAAGGUUGCAGUGGGCAAGGACAUUCUGGACAACAACGCCGUCAAUCUCCUCAUGGCGGCGCUGGUCAGUGUAGACACCAGUCUGUUCGUUGCUGAACUCACCCAAACCCCGUCCGCCAUCCGCACCCUCGUCCCAAGCAAUCAGCAACCCAUCAUGUCCUCCCUCCGCUUCAUCCCCCCAAAACCACACCCCACGUACCUCACCCCCGAAACCUCCGCCCCGUCCGCGCCCGGCGUGCACGACACCCUCCGCUCCCGCCUCGGCCUCUCCACCACCCCCAUCCCCACUUCCUCCUCCUCCUCCACUAGCAAAACCCCGGCUCCCCAACUGCAACUACAAUCCACGCACCCCCUCGAAGCCCGCCUCGCGCAAUGGCGCACCCAGCAAGACGCCCUCAAGAUGGAGAUGCUGCGCCGCCAAUUCGGCAUCGCGGAGCCCGUGCGCCGGGGCAUGGAACUGAAGAUUGCGCGCGAGGGCGAGUGGAGGCCCCAGGUGCUGGGCGGGCCGAGUAAUGUGCAUAGUGAUAUCUUGGCCGGGAGGGAUGCGGAGAUUGGGUGGGAGGAUGUGUUUGUUGGGAAUGAGAAUCGCGAAGUGCCGGAUUUCCAUACCGAGAUGGAGGCUAGGAAGAGGAUGAACUGGUAG